UUGUUAUGGCGGGAGAAGUGGAAAGAGGAGGAGAUCGAGGAAUGGCUUUUUGGGUUGUGAAGGUGCUGCUGGUUUUAUAUCCUUUAUUGUGCAGUUCAUCUGCAGAAAAUAAGUUGCAAAUUAUUACACUUACCGAGGGGUCAUUUGGCCGAUAUGAUGUGUCUCAAAAUUUCUGUUACAAGAAAACUUUGGAGCCAAAGUGGAAUGACCUUUGGACGAAGGUUCAGAUCCGAAUAAACAGCACAAAAAUGUUUAGAGUUACCCAAGUGGAUAGUGAAGAAAAACUGAAGGAAAUGGAGAGCUUCACUAUUUUUGAUGUUUUCUCUUUCCUGAAAGAAAAACUGAAUGACACCUACAUCAAUGUGGACCUUCACAGCAAUAAAACCUGUAUUAAAGUUCAUGUUACCGAGCCAGGCACAAGUUACACUUUAGCUCUUUCUCGGGGCUUUGAUCCCAAACUGUUCUUGGUUUUCCUUAUUGGGCUUCUCUUGUUUUUUUAUGGAGAUUCACUGAGCAGAAGUCAGCUGUUUUAUUACAGCACAGGAGUGAGUGUAGGAAUGGUUGCUUCUAUGCUCAUACUUGUCUUUAUGCUGUCUAAGCUCAUGCCCAAGAGAAGCCCUUUCUAUGUAUUGCUGCUUGGUGGUUGGUCGUUUUCCCUUUAUAUCAUCCAGCUGGUCUUCAAAAACUUUCAAGAAAUCUGUAAGGAAUAUUGGCAGUACCUUCUGGGUUACUUGACCCUUGUUGGCUUUAUCAGCUUUGCUGUUUGCUAUAAAUAUGGCCCCUUGGAGAACAAGCGUAGCAUAAACCUGCUUAACUGGACCCUACAACUUGUCGGACUUCUCCUGAUGUUUGCGGGGAUCCAAGUGCGGCAGAUGGCCAUCACUGUGAUAGUCAUUGCUUUCUGUACAAAACAGAUUGAGUAUCCGGUGCAGUGGAUACACAGACUAUACAGAACUUUAGUUAAGGCCAGGGCCAAACCAGUCACCCCACGGCUGCUAACAGAAGAAGAAUACAGAAAGCAAGGAGAAUUGGAGACUAGAAAAGCUUUGGAGGAGCUGCGGGACUUUUGCAAUAGCCCCGAGUUUUCACCUUGGAAGAUUGUGCCGCGAAUCCAGUCACCUAAGAGAUUUGCUGAAUUUGUUGAAGGCUCGUCUCACCUUACACCCAACGAGGUCUCGAUUCACGAGCAGGAAUAUGGUUUCUUAGAAGAACUAUUUCGGGAUGAGAGCGACGAGGAAAUUGUAGUUGACACGCAGACCAAGUUUUCACCUAUUCGGUAGCAUUUUUAAUAUCCGUUGUUUGGACUCCAAAGC